AUUUUAAAAAAAAAACCUUUUUUUUUAAAAUAUUAUAUCUCCUUAUUUAUUUAUUUAUUUAAAUUUUAGAUAUAAAGAAAAAUUAGAUUUUUUUUUAUUAAUAUAAUAAUAGAAUAAAAAAAAAGGUUAGUCAAAAUGUCUGAUCUCGAUGCUUAUCUAGGGUCAUUUGGGUUUCCAGCUGAUCAAAUCAAAACAGUGAUUUGUUUAUUAGCAUCAUACCCAUUCGCAUAUUUAUUAAGAAAGUUACCAAAUGCAAAUUUAAAACACAUGUUAAAUAUAUUUUUGGGUAUUGCCUAUUGCACAUGGUCAUUAGGUCAAUGGAGUUGGGUACACUCAUUCAUUUCAUCAUUAAUUUCAUACGGUUUAUUAAUGGUAUUACCAAGACGUUAUUCACAAUUAGUAGUAUUUGCAUUUUGUUUAGGCUAUUUAUCAGUAUCCCACAUCUAUCGUAUUUGGACAGAUUAUAUGGGUUGGACUUUAGAUUUCACCGGACCACAAAUGAUUUUAACUCUCAAACUCACUAGUUUUGCAUGGAAUCUUUCCGAUGGCUCAAAACCAGAUAACGAACUCUCUUCUGAUCAAAAGAGAAGAUCAAUUAAAAAACUCCCAAAUCUUUUAGAAUUCUUUGGUUUCGUUUAUUUCUUCCCAACAUUUUUAGCAGGUCCAACCAUCGAAAUUACUGACUACCUCGACUAUACCUCUGGCAAAAUGUUCAAAGACGAAAAACUUAAAGGUAAAAUUCCAAACUCUUUCCUUCCAUCAAUGAAAACAUUAGGUUAUGGUUUAUUCGUUUUCCCAUUCGUUAUUCUCUCAGGUUAUUUCCCAGUUUUAGAUUUAGCUGACCCAUCCUUUGGUUUCGAACCAUUAUAUUUAAGAAUUAUUAAAAUUCAUAUUCAUGUUGCAUUAACAAGAUUUAGAUAUUAUUUCGGUUGGUAUAUGUCAGAAGGUUCUGCUGUUUUAAGUGGUAUUGGUUUCAAUGGUUACACUAAAGAGGGUAAAAUUCGUUGGGAUCGUAUUACCAAUGUUUAUCCAUUAACUGUCGAAUUUGCAUCAAAUAUUAGAGAUAUUUCAAAUUGUUGGAAUAUAGGUACUAGCGAUUGGUUAAAGAGAUAUGUAUAUCUUCGUCUUACCCCACCAGGUUCUAAACCAACUUUCUUUGCCACUCUUGCCACAUACGCUGUCUCUGCUUUCUGGCACGGUUUCUAUCCAGGUUAUUAUAUCUUCUUUGCCGCUUCAACUUUCCUCACUGAAGUUGCUAAAGAUAUGCGUCGUAAAAUCCGUCCAUACUUUGUCAAAGGUGCUGAUGAAAAACCAAUUCAACCACAAAAGAAAAUCUAUGAUAUCCUUGGUACAUGUCUUUGCGAAUGGUUCCUCUCUUUCUUUGGUGCCUCUUUCCUCUUUUUAAAUUCCGAACGUUCAAUUCAAUUAUGGAGAUCUUUCUCUUAUGCCCCAAUUAUACUUUUAUUAUCAACCUUUGUUUUAUUAAGAUUUGUAAUCCCAACCCCAAGAUCAAACAAACCAAAAGUAAUUGAAAAGAAACAAAAUUAAAAUAAUAUAUUCAAUAAAAAAUAAAUAAAAAAAAAUAAAACUAUAUAAAUAAAAUAAUUUAUAUAAUC